AUUGAGGGCGCAUCUCCAAUAACAACUGUGUAUCAUGGUAUCAACAAAUUAUUAUAUCGAUAUUUACAGUUCAAGUUCGACAAACAUUGUAGAAAACAUUGUCAAGUAGGCCUAGGCAUAUGCUCUAAAUGCUAUUUUAGUAUUCAUUAGAUGUAUUGUGAUGUAAACUAGCCUACCUGAUACUAGCUGGGCAUGGAAGACAUUUUACCUACUCACAGUGAAGAUGAAAAUGAUGUAUCUGAAGGAGUGAAUGAAAAGAAAAUACAAUCAAAUGCAGAAGCUACAGAAGAUAGGCCUAAACUGACGACUAGUGAAGAAGUGAAAGAAAGCAUAGUGGAAGGAAGGGAAAAUAUCCAAGAAGCCAAUGAAAAGAAACAGGAAAUUAAGGAACCAGAAGAUGUGGCUAUUGAUCAAAGGGAAAGUUUAUCUAGGAGAUCAGACAAACGACGGAGUGUAUCUUCAAUUAUGAUGGCCAUUGCAGAGGAAAAAAGUGAUGAAGAGAAUGAUGAGAAAGAAACAUCAAAAGCUGCCAUUAUUACAGAUGUAAAGAAAAAGGAGGGAGACAUAUAUGAAAGUGAUAAUGUAAAGGAAACUAUUAAAUUAAGUGACAAAAUUGAUAAAAGUAAUACAGGAGGCGGCACAAAUGUAGACCUUGAAGAAGCUGCAUCAAAGAAUGGAGAGAAAAAAAUUGACAGUUUAACUCCAACGGUAGAGAAUGUUAAUAAUUUGGAUACGUUAUCUGAAGGCGGUCGUAGCGUAGUGCUACUAAGUCGUGCCACUACAAAUGACAGUGAACUCUUCCAAAACGACAAUGACUUUCCAACGCCAGAUUACGAUCAAUACUUAAAAGAUGAAUCAGUCCUUGGAAGUGAGCCAGAUAAGUCGGUAGUAGAAGGCAAAGAACGGCACCUAAUGAGCAGAGAAAGUACAAAGAGUGUGACCUUUGCAGAUGAUGUCCAACUAAGUGAUGUCAAGAAGGAGCAGGAGGCGAUAGACAGGACAGCAGCUCAACUCUUCAGGACUGCUGUCAGUGAUGAAAAGAUAAAGGAAGCAAAAAUGAAACAAAUAGAUCAUGCAAAAAGUCAAGUGAAUACAGAAGCUCUGGCAACAGACUUAUUUGGUGGUUCUAAGUACAUACCUAUAGGAAUUGAUGAUGUCAUCCAUCACAAAGCAGAUGAACACUUUGAGCGAGGGCGGCAACUUGCAGCAAUGAGAGAACAUAGGAGAGCUAUCAUAUGCUUUGACAAGGCCCUCAACUUAGAUACCAAAAAUGUUGUAUACUAUACCCAUCGAGCUGAAGCCUACCUGCAGUUGUGCGACUUUCAAUCAGCCAUCUUGAACCUUAAGAAGGCAUGUGUGUUGGAUCCAGAUAAUGACAGCUAUUACACAAAGUUAGCAUUUAUGUAUUACUUCCAAGGCCAGACUUUAUUUGACCAAUGUCUAUUCCCUGAGGCCUUGGAAGCAUUCUCUAGGGCAUCAGAGAUGAGGCCAGAAGUUAUAGCUUACCAUACAAGAACUGUCGCUUGUUUGGCAGCCCUUCAGCGUCAUGGUGAAUGCUUAGCAUUGGUAAACAAGAGAUUGGAAGUUGAGCAAGACAACUCUGACUUAUACAUCAUGAGAGCAAGGCUGCAUCAGCUGUUUAGAAAUACAACUCUGUGUUACUAUGAUUUAAAAGAUGCCCUCAACUUGGACCCAUAUCAAGAAGAGGCUAGGACGUUGAUGAAGCAGCUAGAAGCGAAGGCUGAGGAGUACCGUAGCAGUUGCAUUCAGCAGCAACUCCAGGGAAGGUACAAGGAUGCCCUGCAAAAAAUAACCAGCGCUAUCGCAAACAAUCCUACAGUGCCUGAAUACCAUAUAUUAAGGGGAGCACUUCAUCGGAAACUUCUGGACUUCAACGCCUCUAUUGAUGAUUACCUGCUAGCUAUGGAUAAAUCCGGUCACGAUGAGCAGGACACAAUUUAUAUGGAUGCUCAACGACAACUUCUGUUAACCUACAAUGACUUUGCUGUUGAGUGUUUUGUAAGGGGACAUUUUAAUGAGGCUGUUAUGCUUCUUAACAAAGCGAUAAAAGGUGAAAAAAGAGAGAAAGGUCUCUACAUCAAUAGAGGAGAUUGUUUUUUUCGCCUUGGUGAGCUACACUUCUCCCUUGCAGAUUACCACCAAGCCCUUGAGUUGGACAACUUAGACUGGAACGUGCACUCAAGAAUCGCACGUGUGCACUUUGAGUUUGGACAAUUAGAUUACGAGGAGCAGAACUACCAUGAGGCUGAGGCAAGGUUUACCCUAGCAAUGCAACACAACCCAAAGGUUGGAAGCUACUACGUCUACCGAGCAAAAGUCCGAUUCACACUGGAGAAUCAAGCAGGAUCUCGCCAAGACUUGCUAGUGGCAUUGCAUCUGGAUCCAAACCAUCAGGAUAUUCUAGCCCUUUUGCCACGUCUGUUCCCCGGGAAGAACAUAUCGGAUGUGAUCAAAAGCAAGGCAGCUCGUAAUGCAAAGCAGGCCUUGGAUAACGCUAUGAUCACAGCUGCCCCGGUCAAGUUGCCUGCCAUUCAUACUGCUACAAAUGAAGAUUCGAAUACAGAAAAAAAUGCAGUUUACCCUACAACACCACCAGUGUUGAAGCUCUGCAUGGAUGAAAUUGAAUUUAAUCGAGAAUUAGCUCAAAAUAAAAAAAGGGUUUCUAACAAUGUCAAGAAAAUUUUCCAUGACAGAAAAAGUCUUCGUUACACAGGUUCUAAGUUAGUUCCUCAGCCACCAGCUCAACCAGUAGAGACAAGAGGAGGACACUGGAAGCAAGAUAUGUCUGUUAGUAUAACUGGUGGCUGGAGAAGCUUCUCACAUGGUGUUGGCAUUAGAGAUGCUCCUACCUGAUGAUGGUGUUGAUGAUGAUAAUGGUGAGGAUGAUGAUUGUUUGUAUCUCUUUGGUGAGAAACACACCAAGGUUCAUGGAAGCCUAAAGAAUUUUUUCCAGUGGGAUCUUUUCCACUGGUGGUGAAUUUGGAGGGACUUCUGUUUUUUUUUUCUGAGUUUGCUGCAUUCUUUAACGUACCCAUGAGCUAUAUUGUACAAUAGACCAAUAGUGCACUAUUGACCGCCAGCUGAAACAUAAGAUUACCAACAGUGGAUUUUAAUUAGGGACCAAAGAUUCGAUAAGCAUCCACAGCUCAGCGUGCACACACUUUAGUUGACUGAACGACGUUGUUAAUGAUGGUAAGGAUGAUGAAUGAAGAUGGGAUUGAUGGUGAUAAUGAUGUCAAUGAUACGUGAUAAAACAAAUUUUAUAAAUCAAAGUACUUUGUAUAAUUAUUAUAUAUUUUGUAUUGUAACUUAAUUUAUUAACAUAUAUGUCAAGAGAGAAAAUUGUCUAUUCGUAAAACGACACAUGGUGUUAAAUUUAGGGGGUUGGUAUUCAAACGUGUAGAUGCGAAUGGGGUUUGGAUAUGAUUAUGUUGAUAGGAUAUUUACAGUACAGUAUUUUUCAGAAAGGUGCAAAGGAAGGUUGCUAUUUUCGUUCUUCCAUAUAACAACAUUAUUCAUACGUUUGUUUUUGUUAUUUAAAUCAAGCAGUAGCUUUGACUGAAUUUGAUAAUGAACCUUUUUGCUAAGCCCCGCCCCUUGGAUAUUGUUGCUAAGGUCCCACAAAAAGAUAGCGUAAACGUACAUAAGCACGUGUGUUUGUGAGACAAGCAUGUGUUCUUAGCAAUGUUCGGAUUCGUUCGUCAGUUCGUCGCUCACAUCACAAACUAACACAAUUAAAUUCAAUUGUGUUAGUUCGUGAAAUCAAAAAAGCGCGUCAAAAUACGCGCUGCUGUCGUUAAGGACUUUUUGUGUGGUAAAGAAUACAAAAUUGCUUGACAACCAAUACGCACUCGUUUUGACACGCUACUGUGAUUUCACGAACUAACACAAUCUACUUUGAUUGUGUUAGUUCAUGAUGUGAGCGACGAGUUGUUAAGCUUGACAAUCCGGAAUGGUCCAUUUUGUAAUAGUCCAUUUUGUAAUAGACUAUAAAUUACAAAAUGGUUUAAGUGUAAUGUCGUACUGUGUACUAAUUGAAUGAAUAAUGCUCCUUGAAUAAAUAAAGCUAUCUGUUGAAUGUU